AUGCUCGAAUUUGAUCUCACUAUAGAAGGUAACAUCAGCAAUCGUCGGACAGUGUCCGCAACAGACAAAUUCUGGGGAGGAAGUCCGUCUUCAAGAACUCCACAAGGAGGCUUUGUCGGUACACCAAAUUACAAUAUCACACCACCUCCGGACAAUCUCGUUGCUGAACACUACAUUGUCAGGGAGCGUAUUGGUAGCCCAGCUCCCCGUUCCCCACCAUCGUUCGUGUCACCAAAUUCACCGAAUUCGCCGACAAGCCCACCAGCUACCGAAGUUGCUCCGCCGACACCUACGUCACCAAAUCCGAUGGCAUCCCCAAAGACCGGACCUCGACGUAUGGCUUAUGCAACUUCGAAAAGGUAUGAACGACACCGUAGCGAGCUCGCCUUACCUACAUUCCAUGUAUCGACUUUUUGA